CAUAAAUUUGCUAUCGCAAGUUCAGCAGAACUGCUUUGGUUGAAAUUGGUUGGAAUGUCAAUAAAAUAAAAACAGAUGCAUAAAACGCGAGAGAAAGAAAACCAGAGAGUUUGUAAACACUCUCGUAAAUUUCACUUUUUGUCGCACUAGCUCUUUUGCCCGGCUUAUAGAAGAAACGGAAGAAAUCAUUUGCAGUUUGAUUAUCAACAUCACAAAAAGCAGACGGGAGCGAUAGGUGUUAGUCAUCGAAACGAGUUUACGAAAAUGGUGCAAUACGCAUCCCUCUAUAAUGAUCGCAUCCCCUACGAUUCGGAUCGGCCCUUCAAGGGUUCUAACCAUAUGUAUCUGAAACGUUGGGACCAACUGAACCGAAUGCAGUGGGUAGAAACUACCAAUGGACUAGUUCCUCCAAAUGCGGUACUAGUAGGUUAUGAGGAGGGACGAUACCCAUUGUUCGUGGGUCGGGCCAAUGUGAUGGACUCUGUGGCACCAGGAGUGGUAAAACCACAUCAACGAGCCUGCUUCGUUCCGUGGGGCGGCAAGAGCCACAAAUGUUCACGGUACGAGGUGCUCUGUACCCCAGGGACAUUCGUACAUAUCGAUAGCGACAACACUCUGAUGAGGGGCACACCGGCAGGAAUCAGUGAACAGGGAGAGCCGCUUUACAUUGGCCGAAGAUUGCAUGAAGGAUCUUAUAUUAGUGGGAAAAUUCAAAGAUCAUGGUAUUUUUGCUACAUACCGUUUAAAAAGAAGGAACUUGAACUUCCAGUAUUUGGCAGUGAAAUUUUCAUCGUAGAUAGUUGAAACAAUCGUCAUGUCAAUACGUAUUGUAUUUAGAAUGGGGUAUACCUAUCAUGUCUUAGCAUGAAGAUGUUACGUUAAACGAAAUGUUUCACAAAAAAGGCCCUCCACAAAAUGCACAAAAUGUGAUCUUACAGUUUCAACUAGAAGAAAAAUACUGCUAUGACAAGCCAGCCAGUAUUUGUGAAAUAAAUAUAUGUGUCUUGUUUUCUAAAAUAUGUACAAUUAAGUGGUAAAAAGAUUUAUUAAUUUAACAAAAACCGUCGUAUAAUUGUCGUAUACAAUAAGAAGACUAUUUUUGUAAAUGUAUUGAUUACUGAAGGCAAUAAAAGCAAGCUUAAUUUAAUUUGUUAGGUACGUUUAAAAAAGAAA